AUGUCUAGCAAGUGGUGUUCUUACUUUAACGAAACCGAGCCUAAAGAAUAUCGUUUUCUGGACUUUUAUGAAUAUCGUUCGAAGCAAGCGGACUUUACCUUCUCUUUUCAGAAGGAAUCCUACAAAUUGCAAAUGGAUCUCAAUAAUCUCAUGGAGGAUGGCUCAGAGGAAUCGAAGGAAACUGCUAGUCAUCUAAACAAACUUUUUAAGGCAAGUAAUUUACUACGGGGACAAUGGAAUGCUGUCUACCUUAUGGUCGGAAUGUCCGCUAUUAGAAAAUGGAACCCUUACAACUACGGUGGACAAUGGAAUGCUGUCUACCUUACGGUCGGAAUGUCCGUUGGCCACCGUGAUACUUUUUGCGAUGUCAACGCUUUUUGGAAUAAAAUUGAACUAAAUAGACGGCUACAGGAUCAGUUACAGACCGCAGAGGUUGAAGCUACUAGUUCGUUGAUAAGUGUUUCCGCAAAAACCUUUGCAACAACAAUUAGAAACGUUCAUUCGGCUAUCGAAAAUGUUAACGACUCAUUG